AGAAUCAAGAGGCAAUCCAAAUAAGUUAAUAAAUUAAAUAUGGGAAUUAAGGAAUUGUGGCCAUUAUUAACACCAUAUUGUGAAAGAAAACCAAUUAGUGUUUUACGUGGUAAAAUUGUUGCAAUAGAUCUUGCAGGAUGGGUAUGUGAGAGUUUAAAUGUCGUGGACUAUUUUAUACAUCCUAAACAUUAUUUAAAGAACCUAUUUUUUCGUACAUGUUAUAUGUUAUUGGAGGAUAUAAUUCCUGUUUUUAUACUUGAAGGAAAGGCACCCGAACUUAAAGCCAAGGCUAUGAAACAAAGAAAUGAAAUUCAAUUUCGUGGAGUUAAGCCAAAAGAUAAAAACGAAAACUUAGAAAAUCGAAAAAGAAAUACAAGAAACGACGAAUUUAAAGGAAGAACUCAAUUUAAUUAUGUCUUAAAAAAUUGUGAAUCCCUUUUAAAUUGUAUGGGUAUAGUUUGCGUUCAAGCACCUGGGGAAGCUGAAGCAUACGCAGCAUUUUUAAAUAAAAAGGGUUUAGUUGAAGGUAUUAUUAGUCAAGAUUCGGAUUGUUUUGCAUAUGGGGCCACAAAAGUAUACAGAAAUUUUUCGGUCUCUACUCAAGGAGCUACUUCAACUCAAGGGGGAUCUGUUGAUAUUUAUGAUAUGGAAAUAAUAUGUUCUAAAAUUGAUUUUGGACAAGAAAAAGUUAUUGCAAUGGCGUUAUUCUGUGGCUGCGAUUAUACUGAUGGAAUAAACGGUGUUGGAAAAUAUUCUGUACUAAAACUGUUCAAAAAAUAUCCAAAUCGUGAAGUACUGGAUAGAAUAAAAUCGUGGCGUUUUAAUAAUACAAGCUAUUCGGAAAUGGAAAUUAGAGUAAAUGAUAAAAAUAUAUGCUCAAAUUGUGGUCAUAUAGGUAAAACAAUUACACAUUCAAAAAGUGGGUGUUCAAUUUGUAUGACUUUAAAAGGAUGUAGGGAAACGAAUUGGAAGGAAGAGAAAUUAAUUAUUAAAGCGGAAUUAACAUUGAGACAGAAAGCAUUACAAUAUCCUGAUUUUCCAUCACUUGAAAUAAUAAAUGAGUUUUUGUCAACACCUAACGUUAUUCCUAAUUUAAAUUUAAAAUGGUGUAAACCAAAUUUAAUAAAAUUUAUAAAAACUUCAGGAAAAUUAUUACAAUGGACUGAAAUAUACUGUUUUCAAAAGUUUUUACCUAUUCUAACACGUUGGCAAAUACAAGAAAUGAAAAAGAAUUCUGAAUUCAAGGAUCAAAUAUUAUUACCCGAUUUUAUAGUCAAAAAACGGGUUAUUAAAGGUCAACCAGGUUAUGAAAUUGUUUGGAAAGAUAUACAACAAUUAUUUGAAGGUCUUAUACCCGAAGAUCAAAUUUUAUCAUAUUGUGUUGAAAAUCCUCAAGGAAUGCAAGCAGUAUGGACAACUAUAGAACCUGCAGAUUUAUUAAGUACCGUGUAUCCGGAAAUUAUAGAUGUUUUUUUAAAAUCAAAAGAAAAACCAAAAAAACCGCCAACCACUCGAGUAAAUCGGAAAAAGAAAAACGCAGAUAAAAAUCUAAUGGAUAUGAGCCAAUUGGCUGAAAUUACAGACCAGAUUAAAUUUAAAACAAAACGUACCACUAAUAAACGAAAAGGACUUCAGUUAAUUGACAAAUUUUUUCAUAAAACCAGCGUAUCGGACCCACUUGAAAGUAAAAACUCGAAUAGUAUUAAUUGUUCUACACCGAAAAAAAAAUUAUCGUUAAUGGAUUUAGAAUAUGAAUGUUCUUACGGCGAAAAUGAUAUAUCCGACAUAAUUAAAAAUAUUAUCUCUCACCCAUAUGAUAAACAACAUGCUUUGCAGAAUUACAAUAGAAACAAUCUUAUUUACGAAAAAAUAAAUUUUGAUUAUUCUCAUAAUAUGAGCAAGGAUGAUUUACAUAUUUUACCUACAAAAAUCAUGAGGAAAAAUGAUAGUCUUAGCAAAAAUUGUUUAACCAAAUCAUUUUCAUUAGAUGAUAUGUCGAUUAUUGAAAUUUCUUAUAAUAAUCAAGAUUUAUCUAAUAAGACAAAUCCAGUAAAUGAAAUCAGUUAUUUCUUUGAACAAAUUGAUACUAACAUUGAUGAAUUUGAAAAAUCCCUUGCGAAUAUUGAAUAG